GAUGAAUGAAAGGAGGGGCCUUUCGUAGUUAUUACAUUUCUAUAUAUACAGAUUUGUGUAUAUCUAUAUGUAUAUAUAAAUCUCCCAUUUCUUCCACUUAAUUCUCGCAGAAAUUCUUGCUUCUCUCUAGAUUAUCCUUUUCUCCCUUGAGUCUUCUUCUUCUUCUUCAAUCCUGACCCGUUUUGACUCGAUCCUGGUCUCAUUACCGAUUUAGCCUAACAUGGCUACAUAUACUCCUAAGAAUAUCCUCAUCACCGGGGCUGCUGGAUUCAUCGCAUCUCAUGUCGCCAAUCGCCUUAUUCGUAGUUACCCUGACUACAAGAUUGUUGUGCUUGACAAGCUUGAUUACUGUUCCAGUCUUAAAAACCUGCAACCUUCUAGAUCAUCUCCAAAUUUCAAGUUUGUCAAGGGUGACAUUGGCAGUGCUGACCUUGUCAAUUUCUUGUUAAUCACUGAAUCAAUUGAUACAAUCAUGCACUUUGCAGCCCAAACACAUGUUGAUAACUCUUUCGGUAAUAGUUUUGAGUUUACCAAGAACAACAUUUAUGGGACUCAUGUCCUUCUGGAGGCGUGCAAAGUCACGGGUCAAAUCAGAAGGUUCAUCCAUGUCAGCACUGACGAGGUAUAUGGAGAAACCGACGAAGAUGCACUUGUGGGUAACCACGAGGCCUCGCAGCUCCUUCCUACGAACCCAUAUUCCGCCACGAAAGCAGGGGCGGAAAUGCUUGUUAUGGCUUAUGGUAGAUCAUACGGUUUGCCAGUGAUUACUACAAGAGGAAACAAUGUCUAUGGCCCUAAUCAGUUUCCUGAAAAGCUAAUCCCUAAGUUCAUCUUGCUAGCUAUGCAGGGUAAACCUCUUCCAAUCCAUGGCGAUGGUUCUAAUGUACGUAGUUAUCUUUAUUGUGAAGAUGUUGCUGAAGCUUUCGAGGUCAUUUUGCAUAAGGGAGAAGUUGGUCAUGUUUACAAUAUUGGUACAAAGAGGGAAAGAAGGGUAAUUGAUGUUGCUACAGAUAUAUGCAAACUAUUUUCGAUGAAUCCUGAUUCGAGCAUUAAGUUUGUGGAGAAUAGGCCUUUCAAUGACCAGCGUUAUUUCCUUGACGAUGAGAAGUUAAAGAACUUGGGGUGGUCAGAAAGAACUGUAUGGGAAGAGGGUCUAAAGAAAACGAUGGAUUGGUAUAUCAAAACCCCUGACUGGUGGGGUGAUGUUUCUGGAGCAUUGCUUCCUCAUCCAAGAAUGCUUAUGAUGCCUGGUGGGAUCUGUAAUGACACUUCAUCUCAAUUGUCUGGCAUUACUAGCCAAGAAACUCAAUUGGUGGUUCCAGUUGUGAAAACAAGCGAUUCCUCUAAUAAACCAUCGAUCAAGUUUCUGAUUUAUGGUAGGAACGGUUGGUUAGGUGGUUUACUUGGUAAGUUAUGUGAGAAGCAAGGGAUUUUAUAUGAGUAUGGUAAAGGGCGGUUGGAGAAUAGGUCUUCACUGUUGGAAGAUAUUCAGAAUGUGAAACCCACACAUGUGUUUAAUGCUGCUGGUGUGACUGGUAGACCGAAUGUUGAUUGGUGCGAGUCUCAUAAGACAGAGACUAUACGCACAAAUGUAGCGGGUACUUUGAAUUUGGCUGAUAUCUGUAGAGAGCAUGGGCUUUUAAUGAUGAAUUUUGCUACUGGAUGCAUAUUUGAGUAUGAUGCGAAUCAUCCUGAAGGUUCUGGCAUUGGCUUCAAGGAGGAGGACAAACCUAAUUUUUUUGGUUCUUUCUAUUCUAAGACCAAGGCAAUGGUUGAGGAGCUGCUGAAUGAGUUUGACAAUGUGUGCACUCUUCGAGUAAGAAUGCCAAUAUCUUCAGAUCUUAACAACCCACGAAAUUUCAUUACCAAGAUUUCGCGUUACAACAAGGUGGUUAACAUUCCUAACAGCAUGACCAUCUUGGACGAGCUUCUUCCAAUUUCAAUCGAGAUGGCAAAGAGAAACCUUACAGGAAUUUGGAAUUUCACCAACCCGGGGGCUGUGAGUCAUAAUGAGAUUCUGGAGAUGUACAAGAAAUAUAUAAAUCCGGAAUUCAAGUGGGAUAACUUCACAUUGGAAGAACAGGCCAAGGUGAUCGUCGCUGCUAGAAGCAAUAAUGAGAUGGAUGCUUCCAAGUUGAGUAAAGAAUUCCCCGAUAUGCUUCCGAUAAAGGAAUCGCUGAUCAAAUAUGUGUUUGAGCCAAACAAUAAGAACAACGUUGCAGCUUGAGAAUAGUUAUAGCAGUGUAGUUCUUAGAUAUGAAUUUGCUAAGAAGAGGUCCUCCACUUAUAUUAUUUUUAUUAUUAUUAUUGUUAAAACUUUGUUGCCUUUAUUAAGUAGAUGAUAUGUAUUGUUUUGGUUAAGAAAAAGGUUUGAUUUAUUAUUUUCCAAGUGAGAACCUUCUGUUGUGUGAGAGGAGGCUCUCAACAUAUAUUAAUUUGAGAACUUACUAUAUACAUUGAGCUUUGUUUA